CUGGAAUUAUUUUGCAGUGAUGACAACACGUGGGAGCCGGAGGAAAACCUGGACUGCCCUGACCUCAUCGCAGAAUUCCUGCAGUCCCAGAAAAUAGCACACGAUGGCGUGGAUAAAACAGAGGGACCAAAGCGGAAAGCAGUGUCUGAUACGGAAACAGAGGAAAAUAAAAACAAGAAGAAGAGGGAGGAGCAGGAGAAGCUGAGAGGGUUUUCCCGAGGGCUGGAACCGGAGUGUAUCAUCGGGGCGACAGAUUCAAGGGGGAAGCUAAUGUUCCUCAUGAAGUGGAAAAACUCGGACGAGGCAGACUUGGUGCCGGCAAAGGAGGCCAACGUCAAGUGCCCGCAGGUGGUCAAAUCGUUUUACAAGGAGCGUCUAACGUGGCACUCCAAUCCAACCAAGGUAGAGGAGAAGUAACGGAGCAGAGGGGCUCACACACCUCCCAUUUACUACUUUACACGACGAGAAAAUAAUCCCGACAUUUGCAGACAUGGUUUUCAGUUGUACAGAUGUAAAGUUCUCCGGGUGAUACUUCUCUCAACUCCUCUCGGACCUGGUUUAUUGCCUCUGACUGCCAGGGGCCGGGCAGGUUGUGUUUCAAAUCCAGCAUGACAUUUUUAAUUUCACUGUUUUAUUUUUCUCCAUGUUUUUGGGGGUAACAACUAAUUGUAGAAGCCAAUGAGUUGUAGAUUAGUUGCCUUGGCUUAUAGCAUCGGGUUUGAGCCCGUGAAGGCAAAAGGAGUCUGCAGGUGCUGAUUUAAUUCACAGCCUCUUUUAGUGCACUGUUUUCAUUGUGUGGCUGGGCCUGGGAGGGAGGGUGUUACGAUGUGUGUGCGUGUCCAGCCACUGCUCUGCCACCUCCUCACUGCAACACCCUGGUACUCUACUGUGAGUUGAUGAAUGCCUGAUCACAGGACCGAUUGCUGUUCCAACCAACCUGUGGGAGGCUUGGUGGCCAACACUCCAUCCUGCAGUGGUGUUUCCGUUCUGGUGAAAGUUUGCUUCUGGUGGGCCCGCGCUGUUUACUUGGUAAUGAGGAGGCAGAAACACAGACAGUGGGUUAGGGCUUCAUUCUGUAGUUACAAUCCCAGGCUGCUAACGGCCUUCAUCUGUUACUGGAGCCAGUCGGCACCACAGCCACACUGCUCUCUGCGACUUGCUUCACUCAUUCUCUGCAGUCAAUGGGCUUCUGCUUGUCAGUGCCUGGGCAUGUGCCUCGCUCUGCAGCUAUGUGAACGGGCAAGGUGAGUGAGUCAGUGUUUUAAGGUAUUUGUCUCAAUUGGAGUUUUACCUCUGAGCCCCCAGUCCCACGUGUUGAUCUCUGCCUCUCCAGUGUUCUCUACUCGUUAUGGUUAGGUUAGGGGCGGGUUGUGAAUGUAGGUGAUGCCGCGGUACUGCGUCUCCACCAGUGAGCUGGGAAAUGCCGAGGCUGGGCACCAAACGUGGCACAGAGCGGGCAGAGGGAAGCGACACCAGAACAGGUACAGAGCUGGAUAUACACACACGCACACAGACACACGCACAAUGCUGGCUGCUGCCCUCAACGACAGCAGCUUCUCAUUCCAUCCCGCAAAACCAUUGCAUCGUCAACGAGUGAGAAAACCACCUCCUCGUCCUCUUUAGUUCAAUGUUCAGCCUACCCGGGAAGAGUAUAGGCAACAAACACAGCGUGGGUUUAUUGGUGUGUGUGUCUCCCUCCCUGGGGCAGCUGAGCCCAGUGUCAGUAGACAAUGAUGAGAGGGCAUUCUGUCCCCCGUGGAAGCUGGAGAAACCUGCCUUGCCCACUACUACUCAGCCAAGCCAGUAACAGUCACAGGUCAAGCUAAAGGGAGUGCCCCUCUGAUCUCUGCAGGGUUGCCAUAGUCUGCUCUGAACGGAAGCCACGCAAGGGGGAGUAGUUGUGUUUGACUUUUUCACGGGAGGAGUGUGGGCAGCAUCUGAUAUAAUCCACGUACUGUAUGCGGGGGCCAUGGAGGAGAUUCCUCCAGCUGGCUGUCUCAGCCAUCCAUUGUUCUCACACACCUGGUAUUGAUUUUGACAGUUUAUGUGUUAUUGGAGUACUUUCAUAGGUUUCAUACAUUGCAGCUCUUCUGUCAGACUUGCAUUUAAUCAUCAAGUGUAGUCUUUUAGAGGGGAGAUCUGGUUUUAAAGGAUCUGUUUUUGUAGAAUCCUUAGAGUAUUGUGAUACUGCACCUACACCCUGUGUGUCACUAAACAUGCGAGCAAAUAUUGUGUAAUAAAACCCAAAAAACAGC